AUGGUCGCCGAUAUAACUGCAAAAGCUCCUACUUUCAUCAACUUAACCACCAACAAUGGCUCCCUUGCUCAGAUUUGGCUGGCUUCCAAUAUGUCGCACUCACUAUCCAAGAGCGUCUCUCAGCACACAAAUAUCAUCAAAUCCGUAGAAGAGAUUGCUCGUGUCGCUGGUUGUUCACUUGAUAGCGAAGACGUCGAGCCUAUCACAUUGCGUGCCUCAGGUGAACUGCUGCAUGGUAUUGUCCGCGUAUACUCGAAGAAAACCUCGCUACUGCUCAAUGAUAUCAAGGACACACUAACCAGAAUGACAACACUUUUCAAGUCAGUUCCUACAAACAUGACACUUCAAAUUGAACGCACCACACUGCCCCACCCAAGUCAGUAUCUUUUGCAAGAUGCAGUUACAGAAAGAGAGGUUUUGCAGGUUCCAGGCUUGGAAUUUUUGAACGACCAGUCCAUUCCACGGGGGUUCAUGGAGUAUGAGAGAUCAAUGCAGAGGCAUGUCCAAGGAGCGGCACCUUGGGACUCAUCGAUCGAAGUCGGAAGAAAUGGCCCACUUGGCGAUGAAUUGGGCCAUAACCAGUCAUCAGUCCUGGAUCUGGACUUUGAUAUAGACGAUACAGAUACGAGGGCAGUCGGUGAGGGCACCAAUACUACUAUCAAUAAAUCCAACCAAACGACAGGUAGUGCAAACAUUCAAGAAGACGAUUUUCCCGUCGACGACCAUCUAGACUGGGAUCUGGGUAUUCAAGAUCAAUCUGUGGCCAACCCGGGCGAGCCAGGUACCGACAGAUCUCUCGAAUUAGGCAGAAGGGCUGCGGGCGAAGAAUAUGAACACGAACACACCGAGUUUGACUUUGAUCUGGGGCUGGAGAAGGAUGUGGGUGACGCAGCAAUGGAUUCUGAAGUACAACGCGAAGAAGAACUAGAACCCUUCGCAGCAACAGUUUCAUCGCCCCUUGAAGCCGAAAAUAGCAGUCAGGAUCUCUCGCAAAUGAAGCCAGUCACAGUCGAUCGUGACACAGAGCUUCGAGAUGAAGCGGUAAAGAAUCCAGAUGCGAAUUUGAGUUUGCUAAUCACUGACAACCACGCAGAACGCCCACGCGAACAGAUCAGACCGCCAAAGAGGCUGUGGGUCCAAAUUGCAGAUAAAAUGGACUUUUUACCGGAAGCAGUUUUGGAAAGCCUUCUCUCCUACCAGAAUGUCAAAAAGCCACGGGUAUCGCAAAUGGCACCUGAGCCCGUCGAGGAAGACCCGCAGUUUGACGAGUCCCUCGGAUUGGGCACCGAUAUGCUAUCCAGUCCUGAUGCUGAGCGCCCACUGCAUGAAGAUAACGAGGAUGAUUUGGCAACUCUAUGGGAAGGGGACCAAAAUAUAGAAAACGUGGAAGCAGAGGCAGACGACGAGAUGGUAAACGGGACCAGAAGCUCAAUAGACAUAGAGCAAGACUCAAGCUUUCAAGCAACAUCUCAGGAGGUUAACAAGCACUCCACAAAUGUUCGUCUAUCUACAGGAGAAUAUGUCUCGAGAGACCUUGAUCAAAUGGCUGAGCGACUAAAAACGCGUUUUAUCGAUACUGAUACAAUAACUUUUUCAAACUGUAUGACCUUGAGUCAAGAGGGUGAUUCACCAACAAAAAAGGAUGCCAGCAAAGCGUUUUUUGAGCUUCUUUCUCUGGCCAACAUGGGUUGUGUGGAGCUUCAACAAGAUAAUAACUUUGGGCAGAUCGAUAUAGCGAGCAAAUCCUCAUUAUAUAGCAAGUUUGCCGUGGCAUGA